AUUGUACCUAAAGAAAAAGCCUUGCAAGGGCUCAUUCUAUAUUCUAAAAAGAGGCUAGAUACUCACUCUGGUUCAGUUGUGCAAAACCGAACACAAUCGGUGCGCAGCAGAGGCCGGAGAGCAAGAAGAUGCUGAAGUUCCUAUCAAAGGUACGAAUUGAGUUCAAUGCGCUAGACCCUCGUAUAGCCUCUUGCAUGGAGUUCUUAGCCCAAUGCAACGCCCGCAAGGCCAAGGAAUCGAACCCCGCUUGCCAGGUUUUGGUCAAGCGCCGAACCGACGAUCACCCGCCACAAAUCACUGUCACUUUUGUCAACGGAGUCGAGGAGGUUUUUGAUGGCACUACUAUUUCUGCUCAGACCAUAAGGAACAUGAUUUUGGAGAAGGGUCAGUACCUCGAGACGGAGCAAAUGUUCCGUGAAGCUGGAGAGAAGUGGCCUGUUAUUAUUCCAGAGGAAGAGCUCGACCAGCCUGCUCCUGGUACCAAGCCUAGGAAGGCAGAAGAGAAGAAGCAGUGAACAUAAGCUGUCUGUUCUACAUAUUGCUUGGAAUCUCUAUGAAUGCCAUCUGCGACAAUACAGGGGAACCAAGCUUUAGCAAAUCGUGAAAAAGAAAGAUAGGUCAUUGUUUUGAACCAUAUAAAUUCUGCCAUCAGUGUGUGUUUUAAUUCCCUGUGGAAGUGGUGACCAUGCCAGGAAAAUCCUCUCUAUGAAAUGAGUUUGGUAUAUUUUUGUAUGUACCCUUUUAAGGUUUGCUUUCAUCACAAAGCUGUUUUUCCUUGGGUUUCUACUAAA